GGCCAAGUUUGCUUGUGCUCCAAGUUCUCCAGGUUGCUGCGGGCAGUUUUUCAAGGCUAUACACCCUAGUUGAGCGUAUUGAGGCCAUGCAAUCCAGCAAGCUUGAGUUUCAUCCUUUCUUAUCCCUUCACGAUUGAGGCUUGUUGAACCAUUGUAACUUCGACAUCAGUGAUCCCACUUCAGUUUGAAACAACAAGUAUGCUGGGAAACUUUGCGCUUAACGUCAUAGUGCUGGCUCUCAUGCCAUAUGCAUCCUCUCGCCUGUUUACGGUGUAUAACACAUGUCCAUUCACGAUAUGGCCGGCUAUGUUCACUGACCUUAACGUAGGUACAGCAAUACCUAACUUUCCAACGGGAUGGGAAGCAGCCCGUUUUACUGCAGUAAGCUUUCCUGUACCGGAUAACUGGAAAGCUGGGCGGAUAUGGGGUCGACGAGAUUGUGACUUCACGAUCGCGAAUGGCCCAACGUGUCUUUCGGGUUGGUGCAAUGGUGGCCUAUUAUGCGACCCUGGUACAGGUACUGGCGUCCCACCAGCUUCUGUUGCGGAAUGGACACUUCAGGGUGAUGAAUUCCGAGACUUCUACGAUGUAUCUUUGGUUGACGGGUAUGACCUUCCAAUGCGCAUCACGAACUCGGCUGGGUGUCCCGUUGCUGACUGCGCAGUCGACCUGGGACCAAUCUGCCCACAACCUCUUCAAGGGCCGUUUGACUCAACCGGAUUCCCUGUCGGCUGUAAAAGUGCAUGUGCAGCGAACAUCGAUGGCGACCCCACGAAUUCACCCAAUUGCUGCUCCGGAAGCUUCGACACCGCCGCAACAUGUCCGAACUCAAACGUGGCGUUUUACGGAUUCUUCAAGGGUAACUGCCCCAACGCAUAUGCAUAUGCAUUCGACGAGAGCAGCGGGACGGCACUGUGGACUUGUGACUCAAAUUUGAAUGCAGAUUAUACUCUGACAUUUUGCCCGUCUUUGAACGGUACAGAUCCAGCGCCUCUGUCACAAAGUACUAUCUUAUCAAGCCCGACCGUUGUUGCUGCUCCGUCAGCUACAACGGAAACUUCCGCAACACUACCAGCUUCUGCACAGGGAGCUCUAUCAUCCGGCGCAUUGUCGUUCACAACGAUGAGUGUGCAAAUUGUGCUGGUACUGUUGGCGGGAGGAAGUCUUUUGUUUUAGUCUGACGAAAUUUCUAAUAUUCUAAUCUCAUGGACUUGGACUGGCGCAUUUCACGAUUGAUAUAUAUGUAUUACAUCACAAUGUCGUUGCAUUCCUUAGAUGACAACUACAUUUCAGCAUGGCUUGAACGAUAUAGGAGAUCUGCAU